AAAUCCACAAGUAGAAAAUCAAUUGCUAACGUAAAUGAUUCACACUGCUAGCGAUAUCGAUUGCGCUUUACGUGAAAGAUUGACCUUGAUAUGUUGUGUCUAGGGAGGUUGAGUUUGGCUGUUUACUCUUUUUCACUAUAGCCACACUCUCAGUGCGCUACUUGGAAUAUAUGUUGUUGAACAACCUUCAACUCGAGUAUAGAGUAGUGGAGAUACCUGCAUAAUGCUCUCGAUUGUGCCUGUAGUGAUUGCGUUAUGCACUCUCGUUAGUCUGCUGGCGGUGAGUACUCUUGCAGAGCGUUCCUGCACAGUACAAUUCGGUGAUUCUCCGGACAAUCAAGGACUAGGACUGGCGAAGGAAACUUUCAAUGGAACCGACUAUUGCGUGUUUUUGGGAAUUCGCUACGCGCAUCCCCCGAAAGGGGCUCUUAGAUUCGAGAACCCAAUUCUUGUUUCCCCGGAAGGGUUGCAGAACUUCACAAAACCUGGGCACAUGUGCCCUCAGGUCAACGAAUUAAAUUAUGCCACGGACAUUUUAGGGGAUGAAGACUGCCUAGUUUUAGAUAUUUAUAAACCCUCCAGUGGUGGUGUUGGCGCAGAACACAAGCUGCCCGUCUUGGUGUUCGUCCACGGAGGUAGCUUUGCCGUUGGAAAUACGUCGAGCGAUUUCUUCGGAGUUGAUCUGCUACUCGAUAGUGGCAUCAUCGUGGUCAGCAUUCAAUAUCGUCUUGAUCCUCUGGGUUUUCUCCGAUCAAACCAGUUCAAUAUUAGCGGAAAUUUUGGUCUGAAGGAUCAGCGGACCGCACUGGAAUGGAUUCAGCGUUACAUUUCCCACUUCGGUGGAGACCCCGGCAGGGUCACACUUAUGGGACACAGCGCAGGUGCUGCCUCUGUGACGUACCACCUGUAUUCGAGAAGUUCCUCCGGACUAUUCCAGCAAGCGUUCGCUCUCGGCGGUUCCAUGCUUGCUCCGUGGGCUUUUCUCUACGAUGCCGACAGCUACUCGCAUCAGUAUUUUAGCGAUCUUAACGUGACCUCGGUAGAGGAGCUCAAGCGAAUUCCCUUCAAAACACUGUGGAGUCAGGAUGUUGUGUACAAAUUCGCAACCGUGUUCUACGGGUUUUGUGUUCCCAGCGCGGAAAACGACAGUCCAGGUGCAUUCAUAACCAGAUCGCCCCAGGAGCUGGUUCGGGAGAAACCGAUCAAUUCUGUGCCGCUACUAUUCGGCCAAUCCUCGGAGGAGUUUGAACUCUUUCUGAGCUAUGUUCACAGCUACUGGAUGGGGGAAAAUUAUCCCAACAUUAGAAAUGAAACGCUGAAAAGCUCCAUCAGAUCGAUGGUGGAUAGUGCGGCCGAUCUAGCCGUGCGAAACGGAAUCGAAACGGAGAAGAAUACUUUCUAUCUCGAGCUGGCCAACACGGCGAAUUGGUUCUUCCCCAGCAAACAUCUGCUGAAGGAAUACUCCAAGUGGGCGCCGAACGAGACGUACUUCUUGAGGUUUCAGUACGAUGGAAAGUUUGGUCGCUUCAAGCGAGAAUUUUACGAGGGAGUGUCCGAUAUUAAGCAUUAUGGGGCGAUACAUGGAGACGAGCUGGGGUACAUUUUCACACCGCACAAUUUGCAGGAAGCACUGGCGAACCGGAGCGCCUUCGCCCUCGAGUGGGACAUUCACGAACGGACGGUGGAGUUGGUGGCGAAUUUUGUUAAAUACGGAAAACCCAACUCUACGAAAACAGGCCUUAAUUGGCCGCCGUAUAAUGGCCAUUCACCUACUCCAAAGUAUUUAAACAUCGAUAGGGAGUUUACGAUUCGAUCGGAUCGGAAGAAUCUGUACCAUUCCCUUUGGAACGUCAUUUAUCAAUGCCUUUAUCAUUUUAAUUGUGAUGAAAUUGAGAAUUUAUUACUAUUAGUUCCAUCGAAAACAUAGAGAUGUGAAAGAAAACUUUGUAGCUUUGCGUCAGAUUGUUGAAGAAAAGCGUCCACUUUUGGUCCUCUGGUCGGAAACACACAUCGUUGAAAUAGAAGCGUUUGAUUAGUAUAGUAUUCUGGGAUAUAAUGUUGCUGCUUGUCUAUCACAUUCUAGACAUACUGGCGGUGUUGCUAUUUAUGUCAUAGAAUAAGUUCAAUUCAAUAUUCGCCUCAACGAAGUUAUGGAUAGAAACUGGUUUUUGGACAUUACAGUUGAACGUGGCAUGAAGAUGGGUAACUAUGGUGUUUUGUAUCAUUCUCCAAGCUCCAGCGACCAACGUUUUGUUGAAAUUUUAUAAAAUUGGCUAGAAAUGUUCCUUGAUUCCAGCAUAUGAAAUAUAUUGGCUGGUGAUUUAAAUAUCAAUUGGCGAGACAACCGUAAUUCAAACCAUUUGAAGCGCUUAGUAGACUUCUUCAAUUUAAAACAAACAGUAAAUGAUUUUACGCGUAUUUCCAGGCACAGUAAAACUUUAAUUUAUCAUGUUUAUUCCAAUGUUGAUACAGUUGCUGCUCUGUCACUGAUACAAAUUUGAAAAUAACCGAUCACGAGACCUUAGUUAUUAAUGUAGUAGAUAAUUUCGUUUAUAACGAUGAUUUUGUGAAAUUAAAUUGCUGGAGGAAAUAUUCGAAACAUGCCGUCUCGAAUCUUGUGUUAAGAAGCCUGAAUUUACCAUUCAGGACUAGUAAUUUAGAUGAAUCAGCAGUUUUUCUAACUGAUGUCUUGAAAACGUGUACCAAUCGAUUAGUUACGCAAAAGUUUGUAUGUGUGAAAAACUCGAACAGCUGGUACAAUUUGGAUCUUUUGCGUUUUAAACGUAAGAGAGACAGAUGGUACAAUAAAAUUAGUAGAACUAAUAAGGAAAAUCAUUGCAGUAUGGACACGAACGCGCGCAAUAGAUAUUCACAAUCUAUUUCGAAAACUCGUUGUGAAUAUAUUCAGAGGAAGAUUGAUCAGCAUCAAAGCAACAGCAAAGAGUUAUGGAAAAUUUUGAAAUCCCUUUUGAAACCUAAUACUAGCAAACCGCGUUCCACAACUAUUAAUGGCACACUUGAACAGUCUGAACAUACAAUAGCUUCUAAGUUUAACGAUUAUUUUGUCAAUAGUGUUUCAUUGAUCAAUCAAUCUAUUAAAUUGGUCGAUGAACCUGAUGAAAUAAAACAGCCGGUCAAUAGUAAUUGUAGUUAUGAAAGUUUUCACCCAAUUACAUUGAAUGAACCUAGAACUAUUUGAAAACGGCUGGAGUGGAUAGUUUUAAUGCUAGAGUUAUUCAAUAUUGCUUUCAUGUUAUUGAAUUCAUAUUGCUGGACCUUAUUAAUAAAUCUUUACAAACUGGGCAUGUACCUCAGGUGUGGAAGGAAUCUCUGAUAGUCCCUAUU